AUCACAACAAACAACAUUGUCAAAAUUCCCCACCGGUACACACGUGUUUUGGUUGCAAAAGUAGUGUUUCUCUGUGGCUAAACAGUUUACCUUUCGCAAAAAUGCCGGACAAAAUAAAAUUCGGCGAUGUGGGGAGCGACUACGAGCCUUCAGCAUCGGAAGAUGAGUAUAGUGAAGGAGAAAAGGAACUGUUGAAAAAUGUCCGACAGCGGCGUCGCAACGAUUACGAUGAGGACGACGAAAUGCCACGCCAAGCGGUGCUAGGGUUCGAUGAUGAGGAUGAUUACGAUGAAGAGGACGAGGACGAGGACGAGGAGCCGGAUUUCGACGAAAUUCGUAAAUUUGAACACGACAGUGAUAUCGAUGAUAGAAACGACGAGGAUGACCUUCCCGAUCGCUAUGCCUGGGGCUCGAAAGCUGGCGCUUACUAUGGGACUGGCUACAAAGACCGGGACUACGAUACGCUCACGGCACAGGAAGAGGAAUUGGCCCGACUGGAAGAAGAGGAAGCAAUGGAGAUGCAGAAACGCCUCAUUAAAGGCAUGACCGAUGAAGACUUUGCGCUUGACGAUUUAUGGUCGGGUGAUGAAGAGGAUCUGGGAGACGAUUUGGAACCUUCAGAGGAAAAACCGAAGAAGGGUAAACAGAAAGGCAAGAAGGCGGCCUUUACCAGCAAAGAAGAAAUAGUGAUCAAGGGAGAUUUAUCGGAUCUGAGCGACAGUCAGCGGCGGGAGCUGUUUCGCAAAGAGUCGCCAGAGUUCGAUGGGUUGGUAAAAGAGUGUUCUGCCAAGUUGAGCGAAUGUGCAAAUGUACUGGAACCCUUUUUGGAGUUGCUUAAACAACACAAUCAACUGUCGCAUCCCUUAGGGCAGUUGUUGACCAAACGAUACGAGCUUCACAUGCUUUAUUGUAGCAAUAUCAGCUUCUACGUACUGCUAAAGUCACAAAGAGUUGAUAUCCGUAAUCAUCCGCUGGUGAAACGCUUGCUGCAGUUAAAACGGUUAGUGCAAGAAAUGGAGCAAAAGUACGAGCAAACUGCUAAAGCACAAGUGGAAGCACUGCUGGAGGCACAGGCGGAAGGAAUGGAAAUCAGAUUCCAUGAUGAAAUCGGGAAUGGAACAUUCACAACGAAGAAGAGUCAACGGUUGCGAGUACUUGAUCAGUUGGAGCACAUGAGUUCCCAAUCGGAGGAAGAGCAGGACGAUGAAAAGAUUGACGAAAGUGACCCCGAGGUAUAUGCUGCAAAACGAUUCAGAUUGGAUGCAGUCAGGGAGCACUCGGAGGAAGAAGAAGACGAUGAGCAGGAACAACUGGACGACAUGGAAGAGAUGGAUGCUGACGAAAAACGCAAGAUCACCUACCAGAUGGCUAAAAACAAGGGUCUAUCGGCACGCAAGCGCAAGGAUCAGCGUAACAUUCGUGUGAAGAAUAAGCUGAAAUUCCGCAAGGCAAUGAUCCGUCGCAAGGGUGCCGUACGAACGGUUCGCACGGAAACGAAGCGAUACACGGGUGAAACAAACAUCAAACCAUAUGUUAAGAGAGGAAUUAAGCUUAAGUAAGUUUGGC